CUACAGCCCCAUCUCCAGCUCCAGCGCUAGCUCCAGCAUGAGUGCCCGGUCUACCAGCAUUGGCGUUUGCCUGAUCCUGUGUGCAUUUGCCGCUGUUCAGGCUGCCAUCAUCGCCAGCCACCCCGAUGAGCUGAUUUCCAGCCCACCUCAGUAUGAGUUCCAUUAUGCCGUCCACGACAGCGAAACUGGGGAUGUCAAGGACCAGUUCGAGCAUCGGCGUGGCGAGUAUGUAACGGGUCGUUACUCCCUCAUUGAACCCGAUGGCCAUCGCCGAAUUGUGGACUACACCUCCGAUCCGCUGUUGGGUUUCAAUGCGCAAGUUCGUCGUGAGCCCGUUGCCAGCAUCUCCCGCUACUGAACAGACACCGAAAAGGGACAAUCUCAGCGGACAGAACUCUGAAACUACCAUAUAUCAUAUGAUAUGUAUUUGUACAAUAUAUCCACAGGCUGUUGUUUUAAAAGUG